UUAUGUAGGUUAUACCAAAAUCUAGGUUGUUAUGGUUGUUAUCAUAAUGUGUUCUAUUUCACAUUAAUAGUAAUUUUUUCGCAAGUUUUCAGUUUUGAUCCAAUGACAAUAACGAGGAGUUAUGUAUAUUUUUGUGCUAGGCGUUUAUGUGUUCACAUCAAUACUCUUUUUUAAGUAUCCUACAUUGAUAAGGGAGAAAAAGAAAUUGAAGUUUCAGUGUAAACAUAUUAGUCACCGAGGAGGUGCAGGAGAGUCUUUGGAAAAUACUUUGACUGCUUUCAGACAUGGUUUGGAUGAGGGGACGCAAAUGUUGGAAUUGGACUGCCAGCUAACCAAGGAUGGUCAAGUCGUCGUCCUGCAUGACAGUAACCUUCUCCGUUUGACUGGUGUUGACAAAAAUGUCAGCGAUUUGGACUAUUCAGAUCUACCUCUCUUAAAAACAGACUUGCCCAUUGAAUUCGAUCCUGGAAACUUUUGCAGCAAACCAGACUGUCCAGACAGGAAAAUCCCUCUGCUGUCCCAAGUAUUUCAGGAAUUCCCUAAAACUCCUAUCAACAUUGACAUAAAACAGAACAACGACAUUCUCAUCAGUAAGGUGAAUGAACUGAUCAUUCAGCAUUGUCGGGAAGACUUAACAGUUUGGGGCAAUCUCAGAGAUGAAGUCGUCAAGAAGUGUUAUAGUUUGAACAAGAAUAUUAAUGUGUUCUUCUCUUUGCGGCAAGUCAUAUACCUAAUUCUACUUUUCUACUCGGGGCUGCUGCCAUUUGUGCCUCUAAAAGAAACACAUCUAGAGAUUUUCCUGCCAUCUAUAUACCUCAGACGAAUUCGCCUAGAUGGUGGAGGACAGCUCUCGUUUUCACCUUUUCUCCUGCAUGCUACCAAUAUUCUUUUGAUGAAAAGAGCCUUGUUUAAGCACCUCAGCAAGCGUGGUAUUCAAACCUACAUCUGGGUCCUCAACGAUGAAACUGACUUUCAGCAAGCGUUUCAACUUGGUGCAACAGGAGUCAUGACCGACUAUCCAUCCAAACUCAGAGCUUUUUUGGAGAACUACGAAAACGAAAAAAUCAAAUGCUGAGUCAAUUUAGGAUGGACCUCCAGUCAAGAGGUUCUGUAGCAAGCCUCUUGAAGCUAGUGAAGAGACUCAUAUCUCAACUAAAUGGAGACCCUUGGUCUUGAUUUUGUGAGACUUGUUACUGCAUCUUUACCACAGCAACCGCCAGAAGCCUUAUGCAUCAUUUCCUUUUUUUUUACUUAUAUGGCUCAAUUUUGACAUUACUACUUGCAGCUUAGUUAUGGAAGAAGUGUCAAAAUUAAUUCCUUUCACCGACAUCUAUCACUGCAAUGUGGUUUCACUACUUUUAAAAAAGAUAUUUGCAACAACGAAUAAAAUUGGGAAAGACAAACGACCUGUCUCUAGAAACAAUUCACAUGUAGAGAUUACAUGGUAUGUUCUAGGGGGAUCACCUCUCGGCAAGAACAGC